AUGUGGGGCGACGUCACGAUGUCGAGCGCCGCACACUCAACGUGUGCGACUGUCCUCAUCUGCCUCGAGAACGUCCCCAACGCCUACGUCACCCACGCGCCAAAGUUUGCCCAAAGUUGGUCCGAGCCAAACCGCUAUGCGGGCCCUGGAGAUGCGUUGCGGGACGUGCCUCGCGUCAGCCUCAGCUCAGCGCACAUACGGCUGAUGUCCAGCGCCAACGAAGGGACAUCGGGAAGCGCGCCGGCACCGACGUGCAGCGAUAAGCUCCGUGACCCUGACGCCGCCUACACGAUGCUCGCGCUCGACAUCACCAACAUCGCGGCGACCGUCACGACCAUCGUGCUGCUGUUCUCGCCGUUCCCGGACUUCCGAAGGAUCCACACGCAGCAGAGCACGGGCGAGGUCCGCGUGCUGCCCGUGCUGAUGCUGGGCGUCAACUGCUACACGUGGGCCAUGUACGGCUUCCUCAGCGACACCUACUUCCCCGUCAUGUCCAUCAACGCCUUCGGGGCGCUCACGUCGCUCGUGUUCACGCUCGUCUUCUACCGGUGGACUUCGGACCGACCCGCGCUGCACAAAAUGGGGGCGAUCGCCGGCGGCUGGGCGUUGAUAGUAUUGCUCUUCGCGGUGCUCUGCAAGACGGACGUCAUCCCGCUCUCGUCCAAUAUCCAGGAGCAGAUCGUCGGAUACAUCGCAGUGAUCAUCAACGUCGCGCUCUACGCGUCGCCGCUCCGGACGAUGAAGCUCGUGCUGCAGACCAAGUCGGCCGCCUCGCUCCCCGCCACGAUGUGCUGCGUGAACCUCGUGAACGGAUCGCUUUGGGUGUUGUAUGGUAUCCUCGCCAACGACAUGUUCGUGCUCACUCCGAAUGCUAUGGGCGUGGUGCUGAGCUUCAUCCAAGUGGUGCUGUGCAUUAAGUUCCGACAAAGCGGACGCGUCGAAGCUCGCGAUUCGGUGGCCGACACCAAGUGCGACGCGGUGGUUUUGUCUCCCGUGGUGGGGGGUUUACCCACUGACGUCGUGAAGUCGCCGGUGUACGAGGCCGUUGAGUCUCCCGUUUGA